CGCGACUGCGCAUGUGUGACUCACAUAGCGACAUAGCGACACAAACAUCCAAACAUCAGAUACAGAUUCAUCUGAAAACACAAGUUUCUCCUCCUCAGUCCAGUUUGGCUCCAUAUUCUCUGAUCUUUAUCAAUUUUAACAACUGCACCAUUAAAAACACCGACAGCAACGCAGGCAAGAUCUGAAAUAAGCAGAGCUGAAACUUGCCGACAAGAAGAAAAGCAUUUGGAGGACAUUAACUUUCAUCAGUAAGGCGUGAAAUGAGUUCUUCAGAAGAGGUGAAACUGACAGACACAGACAGGAGCAAACCUCAUCAGUGUCAGCAGUGUGGGAAGUCUUUCAGUAGGAUUUGUAGUCUAAGACGACAUGAAGUCAGUCACACUGAACAGAAACUGUACCACUGUGAACAAUGUGACAGCAGCUUCAGCCAACUACAUGAAUACAAGCUCCACCUGCACACACACACUGAAGAAACACCACACUGCUGUGACCAGUGUGGGAAGGAAUUCAGUGACCAGACUUCAUACAGAAAACACCAGCGUGAGCACACUGGACCAUACCAGUGUGACCAGUGUCCAAAGACUUUCAUUUAUUUUAGUAUUUACAAGAUACACAUGCGUGUGCACACUAAAGAAAAGCCAUACUGCUGUGACUUGUGCCCAAAGAGUUUUAGUUUUUUAAGUUCAUACAAGCGGCACCAGCUCAGCCACAGUGGAGAGAAGCCGUAUCAGUGUGACUUUUGUGGAAAGAGUUUCACUCAGUCAGGUCAUUUCAGUCUGCACCUGCGUAACCACACUGGAGAGAAACCAUAUGAGUGUGAUCAGUGUGAUAAGAGUUUCAGUGAUCUAAGUGGUUACCGGAUACACCUGCGUGUGCACACAGGAGAGAAACCGUACCGCUGUGAUCAGUGUGGGAGGAGUUUCUCUCAGUUGGGGAAUUAUAAAUCACAUCUGCGUAUCCACACUGGAGAAAAGCCAUAUCGCUGUGAGAUCUGUGGGAACUGUUUCUCUAUCUCUAAAACCUACAAACAACAUAUUCGCACUCACACUGGUGAAAAGCCGUAUCAGUGUAAAGAAUGUGAGAAAGGUUUUGGUCGAUUAAGUAACUACAUCCGCCACCUGCGUAUCCACACUGGAGAACAACCAUACAAAUGUGACCAGUGUGGGAAAUGUUUCAAUCAUGCGCACAGUUACAGCCGACACCUGCGAGUGCACACUGGAGAGAAACCAUACUGGUGUUCACAUUGUAAGAAACUGUUUACUCGAUCACAGUCCUUGAAGAAACACCGCUGUGUUGAAAUAGUUGAAGAGAGUUCAACUGUGUUCAAUGAAGAAGCAGAAGAGAGCUGUUCACCAACAGAACCAACAAACAACCAAUAGCCAACAAUAAAAUACACCACAGUGUGUAAGUUCAUGGUAAUGAAGGUAAUAGUGUGGCUCAUUGACAUGUUUUAAUAGACUUUAGACAACAAUGGAACUUUACAGCACAGAGGAAGAGAAUAUUUCAGACUUUGGAUACACACAUGUUUGUUAAGAGAUCAGUUCAUGAUUGGUUUUGGUCUUUCUAUGGGAUUGUUUGACUCUUUACAAAUGAUAGAAUACAUCCCCAGACGGGGGGGCUGUUGUCACAGGUUGGCCACUGUCAGCCCUGCCAGUAAGCAGGACCACAGCAGCACAGCUAUCCCUUGCUGUGAGGCUGGAACAGAAACAUUUCAUAACAGGGUGGUUUUGUACGGUACAGCUACAGUGGCCUGACAGGGCUAAUGGGUCUACUCUACUCUUUAACUGAGAUUAUAGUUGCUGGACAGAUAUUGAGGUGGCACAAAGUGUGAGACAAUUUUUUUAUUUUUAUCAGAGACUUUGUCAGUGACACUAUUACACAAGACCCAGUGAGUUGAGUCAUUGUAUCUGUUUUGAUGAGGACUGGAAAACCCCCCAACAGAUUUUCUGUUAGAACGAUACAAUCGAUCGAUCAGUUGUUGAAAUCAUAUUGGUCUUUGCUUUUGCACCUCUUCUCAGUAAGCAAUUGUAAAUCAGCUAUAAAUGUUGUGUGUAUGUGGUGGUUACUUGUUAAGUUAGAGCUGCAUGAUGUGUAAAAUGUGUAAUUGUUGGAAAUCAAGUUAUUGCAACAUACACAAAAAACAAGAGAAACAAAGUGUUUUGGCCGCUUUGAGUUACGACAGUCCAGUAACUGUGAUGUUUAUACCGUCUAUAAUGUUGGAGAAACAAGAGUGUUGCUCACUUUUGAAUGUAGAAGAAAUGUUCUAUGAUAAAUUGAGAAGAGCUUAUUCCACAUUAACAUUUAUUUGACUGUAACUGAGUCAAGAAGUGAAUGGAAAAUGAAUUGACUCUGGUGAUAUGCAGCCCUGUUUGAAUAUUUGGAAAAACUUAUUUUUAAUCAUUAACUGUUGCAACAUGACUGCUAAAGUCAAACAGCUCAUGCUUACAUUUGUUUAUCUUAAAUCUUGCUCAGACCACAAAGACACUCAUGAUUGUAGAUUCAGGACUUGUCUGUGAGCACCUGGCCACUCAUUGAUCACUGAAGCACAGACACGUGUCAUGUUGUCACUGUAGAGAUUCAAGUAGGAGAAAGAUGAAUUUGCUUUUGUGUUUAUUCAGUUUUUAUUUUGAGAGGAAUGGAUAGAGAAUGUGUAUAUAUUCAAUUGAUUGUGAAAUGUGUGCCGUCUCAACAAUCACAAUCAGAAACCAACUCGUAUAUCUUUGUUUGUUGGUAGGUAUGAAUGCAGUUGUUGUUGAGUAAUGGAUAUUCAACUCACAGCUGGAAACACCUGAAGGAAAAAAUAAAGUAUGGAUGAGACAUCUCUGAAAACAAACGUAUUAGUUUGGAGUCUUUGCAAACACAUUUUGCAUUUUCAAAUUUGAAAUUUGAAGUAGCUCUUCAGAGUCCCAGCUUGACUGACACCUGUCUGUCUUCUUGUAUCAUUUCUUGUUUGUACAAAGUGAUCAAUUACAUGAAUUACAUGAACUGUUUGAGUACCUGAAAGUACAUGAAGUGCUUUAAAUGUAACAAGUAGGAUCUUGAGAUAAAGGUAAAGUUACUUUAUCUGUAACACAUACAGUUGUACAGUCAAAUUCAGUCUCUGCAGUAUUAGGAACAGUGAGCAGCCUCUGUGCAGCACCCAGGGACCAACUCCAGUUCAAUGUCAGUGCCUUUGGUCAAGGGCACUGACAGAAGAAUUAACCUAACAUACAUGUUUUUGACAAUGGGAGGAAACUGGAGCACCCGCAGGAAAAAUUGUGCGAAUCAAUUCUAACACCAACUGACAGUUGGUGUAAGGACAUUAAAAGAGGAGUAAUAUGCUCUGCCUUAGAAGUCUGGCUACUGCAUUUUGAACACUGGAGUCUGUGAAUUGAUUUCUGUUAUAUGGCAUUAAGAGGCUAUUGCAGUAAUCUGAUCAUGAGGAAAUGAAAGCAUGUAUGAUGGAUUCAGUAUCUGAACAAAUACUCGCAAUGUUCCCGACGUGGUAGAAACAAGAUUUCAUUACUGUUCUGAUGCGUAUUCUAAAGUUUAGGCAGGAGUCAAACAUUACACCAAGGUUUCUGACACAGAGGCUGAAGAUAUUUGAUAGUGGACCAAGUGAUCACUGGAUUUUUGGACGUAGAUGGUCGGGGCCAAUCAAAGGAUUUCUGUUUUGUUAGAAUCUAGAUGAAGAAGGUUUGCAGACAUCAAAUCUUUUAUAAAUGCUAUACAGGUUUUGAAGGUGUAAUCUUAGUGGGAUUUUCAGACUUCAUUGGUAUAUACCGUACCAGUCUGAUGUUUGGACACAUUUUCUUAUUCAAAUGAGUGGGAAGGUGUGUCCAAACUUUGGACUGUUACUGUAGAUGUGUGGAGUAGAAUGCCAUGCCUGUGAAUGAUGUAACUAUGUAAGAGUAUGUACAGUGUAUAUUAUAGUGUAUAGUAUAACAAUGUUGUAUUGGACUGUGAAGUCAAGUUGAAGACUUCAAUCAAUAUAAUAACACACUAAAAUAAACAAAUGCUGAAAUAAAUACUUUGAAUAAAGUCUGAAAUACAAGUUUGAAUGUGUAGGGGUGGUCUGGUAGCAUAACCACACUGUCCACUUUCAUUCUGACUGUGUUGCAUGUCAUACUCUUCUAUACCUGUACUGUGUACUAUACCUGCUCUAUACUGUAUUUCAAAUAAAGGCAAACAUGCUUAAAAUGUUCUUUUUUGAAACUGUGUUUGAGUGUGUAAAUGACUGAAUAUAAAUGAGUAAAUAAUGUAAUUGGAUAUUCAUAAAUAAAUUAAA